GAUGAGCCACCAACAGUUUUAUACCUUCGACGUCUUAUAACUGUUAUAUUGCUAUUAUUGCUAAUAGCGCUGUUUAUAAUAUUAUGUAUUGAAGUGUAUAAUGACAUACCUAGCAUUAAAACCACACAAAAACCCAAUGAUCGUAUAAACACUCCAACUUGGUGUAAUAAUUCUAUUACUCAGCUUCAAAAUUAUACAGAUUAUAAUUUAAUAUCAUUUAUACCAAGUAGACAAGCUAGUCAAAUCAAUAUUCGUGAUUAUAUAAGAUUAACUAUAACUUUCGAGUCUGGCAUGACCAGUCUCAAUAGUCCCAUCAAUGAGCCCAUGCAGAUGUUUGCAUUUGAUCCAGGUAAAAAAAAUCCUCGAUAUGAUCCAAUACAAAACACUUACGAUCUGAAUCAAUUUCCUUACAAUGAAACAUUCCUCCAAUCAAUUAAUAGCAUAUCGUAUUUCAUGUCACAAAAUAGUUAUUAUGCGUUUAUAUUCUCUAAAAAAGUCAGGAAAUUGCAGAAUUUAUACACCUUCAGUCAAUAUAUUGGUCUUGAAUCAACUCCAUAUCCGAUACCUUAUGUUGAGGGAACUAUACAACAAGUUACAUAUCAAAAUGCUUCAGCCAAUAUACCAAAUUUUUAUGCAGUAAUUAGUCUUAAACUACAAUCUACUAUUACAGAAGAGGAAACAGAGCAAAGAAAUAAAACUGUUAUAACCAUUCUUGGAGUCAUUGCUGGUAUUUAUGGUGGUUUAUUUGGUCUUUAUACAUUCUUAUUUGGAACUGAUUUAAUUAGACCAUGGGGCUUCGUACAUUAUGGAUGUCGUGGAUUAAGAAAAAAAACUGCAGAAAGCCUCUUGCCAUUAGUGGAUAAUUCUCUAUCAAAUAAUAAAGAACCGGCUCAAACGAGGCUUGAGAGUUUAGGAAAACUUUCAAUUGAACAAAGAGUUGAAAUUCUAGAAAAAGCUAUAUUAUUAUUUAAAGAUAAUAUUUUUGACACUAAAUUAUUAGAUUCCAUUGUCAAUAAAAAGGAUAAGCAUGUCGAUCCAAAACAAUA